UUUCUACAGGGAAAGGCCCGUCGACAGAAAGGCGGUCUCCUCUUACCCUAAUAGUCUCCUAGCUAGUCUAGCGCGCACGCACAAGCUGAGAUCGAGCUAAAGUGUACUGGUUGAAGAGAACUUAACUAAGGAGAUGUAUGAGACACGGUAUCCUAGCCCUAGCGGUCAUGUCAAGGUAGGCUACAGGAGGGCACCCAAUUUCUUGGAGAGACUGGGAAGCAGUAUGGUGGGCAGUGUGAUAGGACUGAUACUUGUGGCUGGAGCAUGUGCACUAUUAUUCUGGAAUGAGGGCAGGAGUGUGUACACUUAUGACGUUAUCAGUGAGGCCCAGAGAAGCUGUCAGAGUGUAGGAGACCCCUCUUUCAGUUCCGAUCACCUUAUCAACCAGCUCAUCCAUCUCACAGGCACUCUCAGCACGGCCGAGGUGAUUACUGAUGUACCGUACGGAGUAUCAGUGCGUGCAGCCAAGCUGCGGAGGAGGGUUGAGAUGUACCAGUGGGUGGAGGAGUCUCGUACAGUAGAGCACAAGGAACAUGACGGGUCAAUACGCACAGAGACACACUACUCUUAUUCUGAGAUGUGGAGAGACCAUUUGGUGAGUAGCUUAGCAUUUGAUGAUGUCAGACACGAAAAUCCAAGAGAGAUGCCAGUAAUGUCUACUGAAGUGAUUGCUGACAGGGUCAGUGUGGGUGUCUAUAUUUUGGGAUCCGAAGCUGUUGGUAUGGUGGAGAACUGGCAAAGGGUGGUGUUGUCCACUCCCUUCAACUCUGGACUGCAGCUUCACAACAACAUGCUUUACCAUGGCAACCCGGCCUACCCUCACGUGGGGGAUGUGAGAGUGAGCUUUGAGUACGCAGGCAGCACCCUACCAGGACAAGAGGACAGAGUUAGUGUGGUUGCGAGACAAGGCCCUGGUCAUGUGCUCUCUUCCUAUCACUCUCAAGUGCACACUGGGUACACUAUCCUCUACCUUCACAUGGGCAGUCUGGGCAUAGAGGAGGUGUUUGAGAGUGAGUACUCUUCUAACAGCACUCUGACGUGGGUACUGAGACUGGUGGGGCUGCUACUAAUGUUUGUCGGCUUCAACAUGGUCACUCGCAUCCUUGUCACUCUGGUUGACUGGUUGCCCCUGGUCAGAGAGCUGGUGGCUUUGAGUGCGUUUCUCCUGAGUCUAGUGCUGGCCCUCUCCCUCUCUCUAGUCGUUGUGGCUAUUGCCUGGAUACGCUACCGACCUCUCUACGGACUAGCCCUCCUAACUGGAGCAGCUCUGCCCUUUGUACUGUCCAGAUUGGUUUCAGACAAGAACAAACGUAGACAGUGACUGACUCUGCAGUAGCUAACCUAACAGUGUCAUGACUUUAAUUUCAUAUCAUCCUUGUACAAUUGUAUAACAAUUUUUUAUAGUUUCGUGAGUCUACAUAGACACCAUUGAUCAAAA